AUGAAGGGGAGCAGCACUCUUCUGCUGGUGGCUCUAACCCUGCUCUGCAUCUGUGGGCUGACCACAGCAGAGGAUGACAAUGAGUUUUUCAUGGAAUUCCUGCAAACGCUGCUGGUGGGAACCGCAGAAGAGCUCUAUGAAGGGCCCCUGGGCAAGUACAAUGUCAAUGACAUGGCCAAGUCGGCACUGGGGGAGCUCAAGUCCUGCAUUGAUGGCCUGCAGCCUGUGCAUAAGGAGCAACUGGUCAAGCUGCUGGUGCAAGUGCUAGAUGAUAAAGAGGGUGCAUAAGCAGGCCUGAGACAUGGCUUGACUUCCAUGAACGACAGGACCAGCCACACAAGCAGCCAUGGAUGAGCUAAGACCACUGCUUCCUCACGAGUAAAUUCACCCUCGAACUGUUAAAUCAAUAAA